AAAGCAAUGUUCUGGCUAAAUUUCCUUUAAAUGUUCGAAAGGUACUUAUUUCUGAGAUAACCCAAACUUUGCUCCAAGCGCAUGAUCCAAAUCUUUUAUCAUCGAUCACUCACGUUAAAUGGGUUAUGGAAGCUAUUGGUCAAGGAUUUGCUUUACCUUUAGAAGAUAUGUCUAUUAUUACGGCGAAUUCCAAGGAAUUAUAUUCACAAUGGUUAUUUGAACCAAAUUCUAGACCUGCUGCCAUUAGAAAUGCUACUGGACAACAAGAAGAACAAGAAUUUUGGCAGAUAAUAUUUCAUCAUUAUUCAUUAUUAUUUCAACCUCGUUAUCAAACUCCUGCUUCUAAUACUUCAACACCUACAACUCCGGGAUUUCCUGCAAGUAACAGUCAAAUAGCAACGAAUACAUAUUUACAAAGCCAUAUUGAAUUAUGUAAGGGCGUUUUGAUUGUGUUAACCAUGGCUGGCCGCACUUUAGGUCCUCAAUUUUCUGAAGAAACUUGGCUUGUGCUUUUGAAGGUUGUUUUGGGAAUAACUGAUUGUUUAUUGCAUGAACCUAUCGCUACUAUGACUUCGGAUGGAAAUAUGGAUAAAAAAACUGCUAUGGCUAUGGCCGAUGAAUUAUGUGAACAUUUAUUGAGGGUACUUUUUGAGUUAUGGUUAAGAUCAAAAAUUCGUAAAGUUGAAAUGUGGGAUAUUUUUAAAAAAUGUUUUAAUCAAUGGACACAUAGACAUCAAGCUCUUUUACAAUGGAAUGCAACCACAUUGGCAUUAACUCAACGUGUUGUCAGAUUAUUAUAUGGUCCUAAAGAAGGUGCUGAUAUGGUUAACGUUACUGUGGGUGGUUAUAAUGUUGGAUUAGAUCUUCCAACUGAUUUUGUAUAUUAUGCUUGGCAUAGAAUGGUUUAUUUAAUAAAUAAUCCAUGUACAUUACCAUCUUCAAACUUUUCCUCGGCAAUUUCGGGAAUUGGUAAAAUUAUUGAAGCACUUCAAAUAAUUGGUCAGCUAACUAUCCAUAAAUCUUCUCAACAAGAUCUUCAACAAGAUACUGGGUGUUCUUUUUUCGCAAUACCUGAUGGAAACACAAUAUUACAUAUGUUUGGUCCAUGGCUAUUCCAAGCUUGUAUGAUGAGUCGACCUGAUGCGGGUACUCAGCUCGGUCGAGCUGCUGCAUUUGGUAUUCUUUGUAGAAUAUUUUGUUUACCUCAGAAACGUGAAAAAUUUUUACGCAAUUAUGUUACGCAAUUCUACCUUGCUUUAAUUGAAGGUUUGCGUGUCGAUAGUUGUUUACCUACAAUAUUGAUGAACGCAACAUCGCUUUUCGCUACAGAAUUGGAAGGUGUAAGAAUGAUGGUGCCUGAUUUUGUGGUUGGAAUUAAAAUGAUUUUACCAAAACUGGCUCCGGGCUUUAAAAUUGAUGUACCCUUGGAAGAUUUAAGACUUGCUGCUAUAAGAGUAGCCAGUACAAUUAUGUGUUUACCAAACCAUUUUGAAAAGGUACCUAUGAGAGAGAAUUGGAAUAUUGGAUUACAUCAGAAUGGAGAUAAACUUGUUAGUAAUGAUGACGAAAUUAUGGUUUUGACUAUGAAUCUUCCUUCUGAUGUAACUUUAUAUGCCUUUGAUGUCCUUAAAGACUUUGUCGGGUUGUAUGAAUAUGUUCAACGGGAUAGCAAAAAUUGUGCUAGAGAAUUAGUCUUGGAAUUUUGCCGUUAUAUCGACACAAUGCUUUCUGGUGCAUAUGGUGGAUUGUCGAUAACAUUUAAUUUAGUCGAAAGAGCAUAUGAUUGUAUGAUGCGUUGGAUACUUGUUGGUCAAUGGAUAGUUGGUGAUCGUGAUUGUCAUGAGGCUGUGAUCUCGACAAUUAGUAAAGGCAUUUCUAUAAUUCCAAAUAAUGAUGACGAUAAUUCACAACCAAGUUCUCCUGCUGAUAAGAAAAAGAAUCGCAAAGAUCCAAUUCCUAAUAAACUUUUUGCUACACGAGUUAAAAUGUCUACAGCUAAUAGCGAAAGUAUGAUGCAAGCUGGUGGACAAAAUCGAUGCGGGAAAAAAGGGGAAAUGGCCGUUAAACUUGCUGCCGAGAUCGCAAUGUCACAAUUUGUAAAUCAUUUAGGAAACUUCCCUGCUUGGAGUGAUCAUAUUGGACCAAGCAGAGUUUCAACUCUUUUUAAUGAUGACUUGUUACUUGCUAAAGCACGGAUCGCAGAGUCGAAUGUAGGAUCUAUUCCCGAGCUAGUUAGGUACUUUUUGAUUGAUGGCCGAGUUGUGAUAGGUUUUGUAGAAAUACCAAAGCAUCCAGUAUGGAUAAUUAAUAAAGAUCCGAAGACUUUGGCUUCAUCUGACAAUUUGGAAACGCCUGUUGAAGCAGGAACUCCUGUUUCAUCUCCAGGAACACCAAAGGCUCCAAUACCACAAGCAUAUAUUCAAAAAGAAUUAGAUGAAACCGAUGACUGUCCAUCGGUCAUUAUAGUUAUGCGGGAUAGUACAGGAAAAUACUCGUGGGAAUCACAUAUGUGCUACAAACCAUCUAUUGGAGACAGCAGUAAAACUCGUCCUUUAUCACCAGAAAUAGAUAAAGAAUUGCAUGAACCAACUUUAUUAUCCCCUUUACAAUCAAUUCCAAUUUUACGAACAGAAACACCUCCGCACUUCCUUUAUGAACAACAAGGGACUAAGGAUCAAUCUUUUAUUCAACGAAUUUUUUCUUUUAACAAUGAUCAAAUACCUACCGUUGAUAAUAUCUUUGAAGCUGGAAGUGAUAGCUGGAGAGCUUAUCGUGAAGUUAAAAAAUUAACACAGAGACAAAAGGAAAUAGAGAAGCAAUCUUUUGAAGAAAAAAGAAACGCCAAGCGUAAUUGUCUUAGUGUAUCAGUUUACUAUAUCCAAUCUGGUUCUGAUGAUUUGGACCAUAUAAUAAAUCCACCUUCCAUAAGUGAAGAUUUUGAAAGAUUUUUAAACAGUUUAGGAUGGCCGGUUUCAUUAGAAACGCAUUCAGGCUACAAAGCCAAACUAGACUCAUCAAUCUGUAAAACAGCACCAUAUUUUGCAGAUAGAUCAGUUGAAGUUAUAUUCAAUGUUCCAUAUCUUAUUAAAACACAAAACAAUGAUUUAUCAUUGGAUUCAUUAUCAAAUCUUUUUAAAAACAUUUUUUCUGAUGACUUAGUUUGUAUAGUAUGGGUUGAUGACGUUUUAUCAAUGCAUAAUGCACCAUCAAAAAUUGGCCAAUCUGCACUUGUGUACAUAUUUGUACAUCCAUUACAGAACGCAACAGGGCUAUAUUGGAUAAGAAUAAUUACGCCCUCCACACCUCAUUCAAGUUCUAGUGGCAUUGGUUCUGGACUUAGCAGUGAAAAGAGAACGGGAAGAGGAAAAAUCAAUUGGAAUUCUGAUCCACCAAAAUUAAACGAAAGCCACCUGGUAAACGCGUAUAUUUAUUACAUUUUUGACGCUUUAUCUAAUGAAUAUAUAUAUUUUUAG